AUGAUCACAUCAUGAGAAAAAAGAAAGACUUUUGAAAUAAAUGUAGCGCACGCAAUGCGAACAUUUCGGACAUUUAUAUUAAUGGAAUCACUCCAGUAAUUUAUGAAUUAGUCGAGCAUCAAAUGAGCAUCAAAUGAUCGAUUAUAUCUUACCUUUCUGUCUACAAUAAACACCAAUGAACACAUAUCUCGGACUCUAAGAUCGAAAUGAAGAAAAUGAAGCGAUCAGAAGUGAUCAGACGCGUAUGAUUGUAGCGGAAAACAAACGAUACUCGCAAAUUAGUCUGAGUCGUACUCAACGUCGGUUUAUUAUCUUACUGCACGCGUUUUAUGAUCAAUUACAAAGCGUCGGUACUGUCGGAGAAAGCAGGAGGAAAAAAAGAAUCCGUCAAAGAAUCGCGUCGCGAACGCAAUCGUUUUCCCUGAUCGAUGUCGCGAUCAGCGCGUUUCAAAGUCGCUAGUACGCGUACGAGCAGACGCUCGAUGAAAAAUGCGCGUGGAGGGAGCGUGUUGCGUCAAGGAUAACUGAUAUAAAGUUCACGAGUUUAUAAAACGGAGAUGAACUUACUUCAAAAGCCAGUUUUCCGAGCGACCACGCGGCCAGACACGCGAUGUUGCCGAAAUAAAGUGUCCGUUCAAAUGCUUCUCAAAAGCCAUUAUCGUCCGCCGUUUAUCUCACAGUGAAAGCAUAUGGAGAAAUCGGUCGUUUAACUAUAUAUAUAUAUAUAUAUCUAUAACGAAAAGAGUCGGAUCGGAAAUUUUUCAACAUACGUCAGUUCAACGGCGGCUCACUGAUAUCGGAUGUUAUACUUUUGUCACGCGUAACUUCCCCCGUAUUUUUUUCGAUGUUCCCUUACUGGCUCCGUACGCAUCUCUUACGAAACGAAACAUUUGAUAUUUUCGUUCAAAAAUGAUGACGCAUGACGUGAAAGAGGAUCUCGUCGUAUAUGAUAACAUAUUAACACGACGUAGGUUAUUUAACGGCGACCUUGUUUAACUACCGUCAUCGAAACUUUAAUCGGUUCCGUCAAAAAUAUAUUAUGUAUAAAUCUCAUAUUUACCGGAGCAGCGAAACGCCGCCACCAGACAGCGAAUCCGAAAACGCGCCGUUGCUCUCGUCGGAGUCUCACACGAGCCUAGAGCCAGCGGUGUUGUUUGGUGAUUCCGAAACAAGCGACUUUGAUCCGAGCCCGACAGGCUGCUCGUUCAAGUAUGGGAGCGUUGAUGCUGCUAGUAAUAGUACAAUUUUAACAGCGAUACCGAAAAAGCCACUACCUUCGAAUAAUAAAUUAUUCGUUUGUGCAGCAGAAGAUCUGUUGUGCAAUCUUAGCCGUGAGAACAAUUACGAUAGAUACAACAUCGAUCUGGUAUUAGUGGAUGAAAAGCCCGACGUGAACGAUUACAUACUCGGAGGAGAUCUCAAAACUGGUUCGCUGCAGUUUCAAUCUAACAUCGUACCGGCAUCACGCAAAGAUCUCAGGCCAAAACAGAGCUCGUUGGUCACAAUAUUUUCAAUAUGGAACACGAUACUUGGUUCGUCAUUGUUGACGAUGCCGUGGGGAAUCGCAAUGGCUGGAUUCUUUCCUGGAAUCAUCAUUAUUCUAAUGAUGAGCGGCUUAUGCCUGUACACUGCUUAUCGUCUUAUAGCCGUGUACAAGUAUCAUGGUGGCGGAGAAAAUAUAGAAGUUGUAGACUUGAGUCGAAUAUAUCUUAACAAAUGGGCGGAAUAUAUUGCCAAGAUCUUUAGUAUUGCUGUACUGAUGGGCGCGACUAUAGCUUAUUGGAUAUUAAUGGCUAAUUUUCUAUAUAAUAGUGUUAAUUUUAUUUAUGAUAACAUAGCUGGUUGGUCAACAUAUUCUGUACCUGAGAAUAUUUCACAUAUAGAAGUUUUAUGCCCGAAGAAAGAGCUCCAUGGUGAUAAUGACACUAUUACAAUCCAUGAAAAAUCAUUUGAUACACUAGGACCAGCGUGGGACCUACACGCGACAGUGCCUGUAUUUUUAGGAUUACUGAUAUUUCCUUUACUGAAUUUUAAUAGUACGACAUUUUUUACAAAAUUUAAUUCUCUCGGAACAGUAUCAGUUAUAUAUUUGGUCGUUUUUGUUAUGAUAAAAUCCACAUCUUGGGGUAUAAAUAUGAAUGGAAUAGAAUGGAAAACAAGUUGGAUAAUACGGCCUACAUUUCCAGUCCUUACAGGGAUGUUGUCGCUAUCGUUCUUCAUCCAUAAUAUUAUAAUCAGUAUAAUAAAAAAUAAUCACAAUCAAGAAAAGAAUGGAAGAGAUUUAACUAUAGCAUAUAUUCUUGUCACAGUAACAUAUAUUAUAAUAGGAUUGAUGUUUUACAUAUGCUUCCCUCUACCUAAAUCAUGCAUUGAAGAUAAUUUAUUAAAUAAUUUUCAAAAAUGGGAUGGCCUUACUAUAGGUGUUCGUAUAGUACUACUUUUCCAGUUAUUGACUGUUUAUCCUUUACUAGCAUAUAUGUUACGUAUCCAAUUACUCUCAUCAAUAUGUAAAACAGUAUGUAAUAGGAGUUUAGUGCUUGUUGUUAAUCUCAUAUUAGUUUCCAUAUGUAUUUUGUUUGCAAUGUUUAUGCCAUAUAUUGGAACUAUCACUCGAUAUACUGGCGCUUUAAGUGGAUUAAUUUAUGUUUUUACCUUACCAAGUUUACUGCAUUUAUCAAUCUUGAAGAGACAAGGAAAAUUAACUAUAUGCUCUGUAUUAAUCCACUUAAGUAUACCUGUUAUUGGAAUUUUAAAUCUUGUUCUCCAAUUUUUUAUUACAGAUAAAUGAUCAAAUAAUUAAGUUAUGAUAGAUUAUAUAACAUGCAUAUACAUUCAUAAUUUUUUUAUAUAAUGUU